AUGUUAGGGGCCCCGGCGCUGUCCUGGCCCAUCUCUAGGGGCCUCGACGCCACAUUUCAAACAGGGAAGGGAGGAAGGGAGAGGGACGAGGGCGGCCCCCUUGAAGCAGAGGUCGUAAGGAAUAGAGGCGGAGGGGCUGCCCUGCCGAGGGCGCAGGAGGAGACAGGCGAGAGCGGACGGGGCGCCGCGGAGGAGGAGAGGAGGGGAGAAGGCCAAGAGCGGCGGAGCAGUGAGGUGUGUGUCUCGUUGCAGGCGCUGCGGGUGCUGGUGUGCCCCGUGUGCGGGCGGCGGUUCGAGGGCAAGAACCAGGCCAAGCGGUCCAAGCUGGAGAGCCACCUGCGGACGCACACGGGGGAGCGGCCCUUCCACUGCCCGCACUGCCCCUACCGCGCCACCUUCAAGUGGAACCUGAAGGCGCACGUCCGGAGCCGCCACGAGAGGGCCUUCCUCCAGAGCGCGCCGCCCUAGGCCCGCCCCCCCGCGCCCGCCCCAGGCCGCCCACCCGCACCGCCUCCAGAGGGUCAGGGGCGUAGUUGCUAAAGCGAUGCGGCUGUGCGUUGGUUUUUAGUUCAGCUUCUGGCCUCCGCGCUGGUGGUGUGGCGCUGCGUUCGCUGGCUGGGGAGCUGGGCCUUGUUUGUCUGUUUAUUUAUUCUUGUGUUUGUUCAUUUUUGCGCUUCACGAACACUUUGAGCUGGAAUGGCAUCUUUUGUUCUCCACCCACAGCCCAUGAUAGUGUCCAGUGUUCUUUGGGAACUCCAAGCCAGGAAUCAGUUAUUAUCACUAUUAUUAUUAUUUUAUUAU